AUGUCACCCCCGAUGCUCCUACGAAUCUCACGCAGCAUACGUGUCCUGGGUCCAACUCUCAGGCCUCAACCCCACCUACGACCCAUCUCUACGACCCCUCAUCGCUUUGCGGCAGAUCAAGACCCCGAGCGUCACCCACACCCGCAGCGUGACGCCCAAGUAGAUCGCAAGAAGAUGGACCCAGAAGCGAGCGAAUACUCCAAGUCUGGCACGGACGACACGACCGCCGCAAAUGAAGACGCUGCGUUCAACCCUGAUAUCACAGACCCUCAAGAAGCCAAGAAGAAGGCGGGUGAAGGGAACGAGGUGAACCCGCUCGAUGCCAGUCCCGCAAAUCCCGACAUUAGCCAAGGCACAGCGGAAGAAGAGGGAGGGUUGAAGAAAAAGUUACCCGAAGGUAGUGGGAGAAAAUGA